UGCUCGUCGUCGCCGGUGAGGGUUAGGAUGAAGAGGUUGCCACGCUUCUCUAGGGUGCACAUGGUUGGGUGAAACGGUAGAUCUCGGUGGGCUGAAUGGUAACCACCGAUAGAGUGGGUAGCCUUGAAUUGGUUAUAAGGCCGAAGGUGAUAGAGGAAGGGAAGAAAAUGCAGCAAAAUAAGAGGAGUAUUUAUAACACCUUAGCAGCAUGGUGGACAUUUGCGGCAGCUGAAAAACCAACGGCAGCGUAAUAUCUGCAACAAAUUGACUAAUUUGUUGGUGCUGCAAUUAUCCUCCUGAAAGCUCGCAACAAAAGAACGGUUUUGCUGCCGUUGUGGAAAUAACCACUCAAUCUCAUCUGAAGAAAUUCACACCAACUAAUAAAAUAUCUACCAUCAU